UCCCUCGCAGCCGCUGCCACCGCCGCGCUCCCGCCUCCUGCCCGCUCCCGGGCUCCCGCUGCGGCUGCGGUUCUGGCGGCCGAGCCCCCGCGGCGCUGCAGCUCAGAUCCGGCGCGCCGAGCGACCCGCGCGCCCCUGCCUCGCCGCUCGCAGCUCCCUCAUCCACGCGCCGCGCUGCGGCAGGUGCCCCGGGCGUCCUGAGGCGCGGUGGCCUGAGCGCGGCCGCCAUCGGUGACCCUGGCCAGGGACCUGCUCCAGCCUGGCCACCCCGCGUCUUGUGUUAUCGUCUGUGUUGGGUAUUAAAUCAUGGGGAGGAAGCUGGACCUGUCUGGUCUGACCGACGACGAAACGGAGCAUGUCCUCCAGGUGGUUCAACGAGACUUCAAUCUUCGCAAAAAAGAGGAAGAACGGCUAAGCGAGAUGAAGCAGAAGCUGGCCGAGGAAGGCAGCAAGUGCAGCAUCCUCUCGAAGCACCAGAAGUUCGUGGACCACUGCUGCAUGCGCUGCUGUUCGCCCUUCACCUUCCUGGUCAACACCAAGCGCCGGUGUGCCGACUGUCAGUUCAACGUCUGCAAGAGCUGCUGCUCCUACCAGAAGCACGAGAAGGUGUGGAUCUGCUGCGUCUGCCAGCAGGCCAGGCUUCUGAGGACCCAGUCUCUGGAAUGGUUCUACAAUAACGUAAAGAGUCGCUUCAAACGCUUCGGCAGUGCUAAGGUCUUGAAGAACCUGUACAGGAAACACCGGCUGGAGAGCGGGGCGUGCUUCGAUAUUCUAGGAGGAAGCUUUUUCGAGGCAAACCUGGAGAAUGAAGGAAGUGUGUCAGGCAGUGAUUCAACAUUUUAUAGACAGUCUGAAGGACACAGCAUGAUGGACACAUUGGCUGUCGCCCUGCGGGUGGCUGAAGAGGCCAUCGAGGAGGCAAUUUCCAAAGCAGAAGCCUAUGGGGACAGUCUGGACAAGCAGAAUGAGGCCAGUUACCUGCGGGACCACAAGGAGGAGCUGACGGACGAACUGGCCACGACCAUCCUGCAGAAGAUCAUAAGAAAACAGAAGAACAGAGGCGAGCAGCAAAUGGGAGAAGAGCCAGAGUGGUCACAGCCCCAGAGCUGCAGUGCAGAGGCCGCUGACGAGGGGACCGCAGCCCCCCCGGGAGGCCCCCGAGCUGCCUCCACCCUCUGGCGAUCCCAGUCUGCGUUCUCACUCACCAGAGAAGAUGCCCCGAGGACCCCUUCGCUGGAGGCUAUGUCAAGGCCGCCCAGGGGCCAGGACCAGCCACCGAGGGAGGAGGUGGCCUUGCCCAUCUGGAAGAGCGUGGACAGGCUGGACGACACAAACCUGGCCGCGGUUUUGCAGAGCCCCGACGGGAACUGGGUGGCCCUGAAAGAUGGCGCUCUGCCGCCCACCCGCCUGCUGGCCAAGCCCAAGAGUGGCACGUUCCAGUCCCUGGAGGCAGCCUCCCGCGUGACAUCUGCCUACGAGGAGAUGGGCUCCGAAAGUGAGGAGGACUUUGACUGGAGUGAGGCCUUGAGCACGCUGUGCCCGCGGCCCCCAGGCCUGCCCAGGAGCCCCCAGCCUCAGCCCACACAGGCCCAGGGUUCGGACCAAGGCCCCUCGGCCACCUCCGCCUCCUCCGGGCUCUCUCCCAACCCCGAGGCCAUGUGCUCCGACUCAGAGACAUCCUCUGCGGGCUCCUCCCGGGAAGCUGGGCGCCGGGCCAGACUGUCCUGGUUGCAGAGGAAGGCCCCCAGGGACCCCGCCGCGGGGAAGAUACGCCUGCAGGGAGAGCUGGACGUGAACUUCAACCCCCAGGCAGCCAGCAGGGAGACCUCGGACAGCAGCGAGCCCGAGGAGAUGCCCCAGGCUGCGGACCGGAAGGCCAGGAGGUGGAGAAGGGCCCGUGUGGGCUCAGAGGAGCCGAGCGAGGAGUUGUCUUCUCCCAACGCCCAUUGCCGGGGGCUGGAUGCACAUCAGGCAUCCGGUGAUUUGUCGGAGACCGACACCAACAACGACGCCAGGCACCCUCGGAGCCGGGCGGCUGCCACGGAAGAGAAACUGAGAAACAGGCUGUACGAGUUAGCAAUGAAAGUGAGCGAGAAGGAGACCUCUUCGGGGGACGAUCAGGAGUCGGAGCCCAAGACGGAGUCUCAGAACCCCAAGGAGAGUCUGUCCUCUGAAGACAACAGCCAGGGCAUCCAGGAAGAGCUCAAGAAGAAGUAUUCUGCUGUUUCUCUCUGCAACAUCUCCACAGAAGUCCUGAAAGUCAUCAACGCCACCGAGGAGCUGAUAGCAGAGUCCGCAGGGCCCUGGGAGUUCCCACCUGUCCCUCCCGACAGAGAGAAGGGGACAUUUCCUCUUGGGACAGACCAAGUGAGACUGGAUGAACAGCUGACUUCUCUGGAAGAAAACGUGUACCUGGCGGCAGGCACCGUGUAUGGACUCGAAGGCCAGCUGAGUGAACUGGAGGAUGCCGCCCGCUGCAUCCACAGUGGCACCGAUGAGACCGAACUGGCGGAUCUGGAGGACCAGGUGGCCACGGCUGCAGCCCAGGUUCACCACGCUGAGCUCCAGAUUUCUGAUAUUGAGAGCCGGAUUUCAGCCCUGACCAUUGCAGGAUUAAACAUAGCACCGUGUGUCCGCCUCACAAGAAGACGCAAUCAGAAGCAAAGGAACCAGGUACAAACCAUAGACACAUCAAGGCAGCAGAGGAGGAAACUGCCUGCCCCACCAGUGAAAGCCGAAAACAUCGAGGCGUCUUCAGUGACCACCAUUAAAACAUUUAACCGCAACUUCCUUCUCCAAGGCUCCUUGACAAACAGGACUAACGAAAGGAAAAGCACCACCAAGGAUUUGAUGGAGCCCAGUCUGGCGUCUGCUGUGAUGUAUUAGUGCCACGGAGCUCCACUGCCAGUGACCCACUGCCUCCGGCCGUACACGACAGUGCCUUGACCCAACAGCCAUCUAAUACUGUACCGAUUUCCACCCGAGGAGGGGGCCUGGGGGGGCCAUGGUGCACCACUGCACAGGGCUGUCCUGAUACCUCACCCAGAAAGCAGCCCCAGACUUGAGCACUGCGGUCUUGCCCACUCGCUGCCUUCGGCUCCCAGGGGAAUCCAAGACAGAAAACCGAGACGCUGGCUUCCAACAACAGAGCUCCCUGUUCAAAAGACGCAUCUUGUCCGUGUUCGCUUUGCUACUGUGUGUUGUCUUUAAGAUCUCUCUUUUUUUUAAUCCCUUUGAUUCAACUGAAAGUAUAUGUCAAUAGUUAUUUGUCCAAAGGAGAACCGUUGGGAGCUUGGGGGGGGGGGGUGGAAAGAAGGGAGAUGGAGAUUAUCAUUUAAUUAUCACCAGUUCUUACUAAUCUCUCAAAACCACGUUUGCCCCACAAAUGCUAAGGAAAAAUGUGCAGAUGUCCCCGCAGUGAACAUCCGGACCGUCCCAUCUGGGGAGCGCGCACCCAGCAAGGAUGCAGGUCUCCCUCCAGCCGCCUCCUUCCUGGGAAGCUCCUAGCUACCCCUCUCCCCACACCACACGACCAUAACCAGUGGCCCAGUCAUUUCCAUCGCUUUGCAAUCACACACCACGGAAUGGAAAGUUCUGACUCACCCACGCCAGGCCCAGGUCUUUCUGAAUCGAGGUCUCAUGGAGAAUUUAGGGUUUCUCCUUGGACUCACUGACAGUUUCCCCACUGUGAAGGGGAGAGGAGCUUGAGAAAGCUCACCAUUGGCUUAACUUUGGGGCGCUGUCUGGAAUCCACGUGAUGCAGCUUAGUGAUGGCCGCGUCUAAUUGGAUUCUAACCACAUGAGAAAAUGUCCUCCAGAAUUUAUUUCCCAGUAGAUAAUUUGGCAAAAGUAGUAGGAUGACCUUACAGGAAAAAAAAUGGUUAAAGAAUAGCCUUGGAAAGCUCACAGGCAUGAAAAAAGCAAGGACAAACUGUGAGUUUAACAGACACACGAACCGACACGUGCUCCACGUUUGCGGUCUCGAAGGCAUGACCGUGUAGAGUGUGCUUGUAAAAGCCAGUGGAGAAUUCCGCUCAAUGAACUGAGCAUUUACAGCCUUUGUUAAAAUUUGUCCCUGAGACAUUCUGAAUCUUAGGAAGAAAGCAAACGAUGGGGGGCAAGGGGAUAGUUUGACCGAAAUGUUUUAAGUGACUGCUUUGAGGAAGGCAGUUUCUUCUCAUUUUCAUCCUUGGAGCAACCCUCUUCAGUAGGUAUCCCCACUUUUCAGAUUUGGGAACCGAGGGGGCCAGAGAGAUUAGUUUGCCAAAGUCACACCUCUAAGCCAAGUGUCAUCGGAAUGCCUCCCCAAAGCCUCGCCCUGCGUUGGUUUCAACUUCUACCUUCUUUUGCUGCUACACACAUUGCCAGACCUGAUUUGCUGCUGAAAUGUGUGUUCCGAUCCAUUCCUGAUGCGAUCUACCUAUCUUCUGGUGACACCCUUUGCUGAUCCUGUGUAUGUGCUAUCCAACAGAAAUGACUUCUUUGAAACACAGUAAAUCUUGGCUUUUUGUUCUGUUGGUAUGACUCAAAGCAGACAAAUACAAAUUUUAAAAACGCAACAACAACAACAACAAAAGAUCUGAGUUCCAAAUCGAAUGUUUCCUUUAAGAGGCAUGAAAAGCAACUAUUGGUGUGUUCCAGUGUUAAUAUUCAGUUUUCUUUGACAAAAAUGUGUACUGUGUAAGCCUUGCAAAAAACAAAAACAAACGAAAAAAAAACAAAAACAAAAAGAAAAAAAAGAAGAAUCCUGCUCUAUGGCAUUUGAAAUUUUAUAAAGGUUUCCUUGUGCCAAAUAAGUGCAAAGAUUUAAUUUACUAUUAAAAACCAUAAGCAUAUGUUAUAGUUUCGGAAGAAUUAUUUUGUCAUCAAGUGAUUUUGAUCUUCAGUGUCGAUAUUUAUAUUUAGAUUAAUUUUUAUAAAUGAAAAUAUUUUAAUGGUUUAAGAAAACGAGGACAAUAAGACCAUAUCUUUGAUGACUUCUGAAAGUUAUGCUUGCCUUCAUGUUAUAUGCACAUCGCCAAGAAUUACUGUCAGAGAAAUGAUAAAGAAGUAAAAGUCAUUUAUGAAAA